AUGUCUCCUGGGUAUGCUGAGAAAGAAAUUCACAUAUCCAAAACGUGUAAAUGGACAUUUUACACAUAUGGAGUUGAGAGAGAGAAGAGUAAUAUUCAUGUGUUCGAAGACAUUUCCAAGACUCUCAAUAGUAUGAAAUCUCUAGUAGAUCUGCUCAACAGUUUAAAAACCUUGAAGUUAUGCGACGGUUGUGGAACAACUGAAACCUAUAAGGAGUUAAAUGUAGAUAAGGAAAAUGAUAUAAGUUGGUGGAGAAGGAAUGGACAAGAAGGUAUAUCAAUAGAGGUAUAUCAAACGGAGCCAUGCUGUCAACGGAUUGUGGAAUCCUUGUUGCUAGCACUUCACUGUUGUGCCAAUCUUGUCAGAAAGCCAAGCAUUACUAAGAACACUGCAAAGUCGAAAAACUGUUGCAGAAAGUAAAAAAAAAAUGAAAGAGCCAGAAAGGACCAGGUACGACUACAAAACCAAAAGUGAACUGGUACAAAUUGUGUGUGACUCGGCAAAAACAGUAAAGAUGCUGAAAACAAAAAAUCAAAGAUUAGAAGAAUCCAGAAAUAACUUGGGGCCAAAUUCAAACAAUGAUUUGAAAAUUAUGUUUGAGGAUUUACAUGCAGGAUUGGAGAAGAAUCACGAGAAAAUGUCAAACCCUUUUUGUCAAUGGAAACAUUGCGAAUCUCCAACAUUCGAAAAUGUCGAAGAGUUGUACCGGGUGGCCCAAAAAAAAGUACUCCUGUUUGAUUCGUAAUAACAUCUAAACAAGUAUAGCUUUUAAAGAGAAAUAACUUGCAUCAAAUAGAGGAAGGACUAACUUAGACUUUGAUAUAUUACAGUUGUAUUUCACUUAAAAAUUCACGGAGAUAUUAAUCUUUAAAUUCGGGAGGAUAUUUCUGGAUGUGUCUGAAAUAUGCAAAAAUCGGCGUAUCAAAUAUUAAUCAAGAUUUGCCCGACUGAAACAUGCACUAUUACCAGUAAAUAAAUGACACUUGACAAAUUGUUUAUUAUGAAACAAAGUAUUAUUAUAUCUACAAAAUACAAGCAAGAUUCAUUCGUCCGAAAUUCGCGUGUGUUCCUAGCACGAAUACGUUUCCUUAUUUCAUGAGACCACUGCAUCGCGAAGGAUCGUCAUUGGAUCGUUCGUAGUUCUGAAUUAGGGCAUGCUGUCACAACCUAAUAUUAAAUACUUGCAUAAUUUCGAACGUUCAUAUUUCAGGAAACAAUGAGCUAAGACUUACAUGUAAGAUGUCUAAAUCUACGCCAUAUCCCUUACAAACCUUAACGAUAAUUCGCUGAAAUACAAGUUAGCCUAAUAUGUCAUUAAGCAAACAAACGCUGGAGUUAAUAUUUGAUAUGCCGAUUUUCGCUAAUUUUAGACACAUUCCAAAAUAUGCUCCCCAUUUUUAACAUUAAUAUCUCCGUGAAUUUUUAAGUUAAAUACAACUGUAAUAUAUCAAAAUCUAAGUUAGUCCUUCCUCUAUUUAAUGAAAGUUAUUUCUCUUUAAAAACUUUACUUGUUUAGAAGUUAUUACGAAUCAAACAGGAGUACUUUUUUUUGGGCCACCCGGUAUGUAAAUUGCAAAACACAUAUAGAACACUUAGAUACCAGUGAGACUGCUCCCAUUAACCGGCAAUAAUGAUAAUGUUCGAAGCGUGAUUCUAAAUUAAAACUUUUGGAAAACCAUCUCAGGGAACAUACCAGCAAUUUACAAGACUUGUUUCUUAACUUCUUUUGUGUGACCAAGCGACUGCAAUAAAUACGGAGGCAAAGCAAAUGAAGUGGCAUCUGUUGGCUGCAAAUCUCCCUCACUUUAUGCACCACACCUUGGCAUGCCUGUAUAUUUCAUAAUGGUACAUCAAAGAUAACUGACUCGAUCCUGAAAAAUAAUAGUCAUUAAGGUACAAGACGCUUUCUGUGAUGAGUAAAAUCAUCAGGUGUUAGACAGUAAAAGAAUGAAGUACUGUAAGAUUCAUUGCAACUUAAUUGGUUAACAAGACAUAUUGGCUUAUAAUUUUGUUAACCAUUAAGGCACAGGAGUAUUUCUUUUACAAGUAAAAGAUACUGGCAUUAGACGGAUAAAACAAUAAAGUAAGGUACAUUACUUUAGGUUAUUAAAGAAUCUUACUAAAUUACUACUUUAAGUGUUAAACAUGUGAUACCUCAUAUAGAACUGACAGUGCUAGUGUAUUUGCAUUUACAAUUACCCUACACUGUUUGAAUGUGUUAUAACCUGGAACGAUUUUCCAAGUUUUUCUAGCUAUAAGCUAUGUGUUGCAUUGUCUGUAAUGUACCAUACAGUAUAUAUCUAUAUUUUGCCUCAGUAAUUUAACCUAUUAAGGCGUGGGCAUGCCUUGGUGCACCUUAGUUUGUUAUUUUACUCUGUCUGAUGUCAGAUAUGAUUUUACUUGCCAAGGCAACACUAUUAACAAAACUAUCUUCUAAUCUCUUUUGUUCACCCAUCAAGGCACAAUCUGCCCUGUUAUAUUGUCACAGUGUGUUCAACUCUCCACUUGAAAUUGAAAAUGAGGUCAAGAUGACUUGAGAUGUUGUUCUAUAAUAAAUUUGUUAUGAUAUUCAGUUACUUUUUUGUCUCGUGUUUCAAAACUUUCCAAUAUCAAUUUAUAGUAUAUAUUGUUCUUAAUAUUUUGAUUGGAAAUAUACUGGUGUGUUAAUUGAUUCAUGAUUUAUUAUUUUUUAUUUAUUAUUAGAACUUUAUUUCACGAGGGUAAAAACACAUUACAGCCAGGGGCUGAAAAACUUGUGACCCUAUUCUUUUUAGCCCAACUGAGUCAGAAAGGAAAAACCAACUACUGGCACAUACAUUUGUGUUAACACCAGUAAGUAAGGGACCUGUCUUAAAUCCUGAAUUUACAUUGUCACCAAUUAAUGAAAAAGUCAAUGUACCAAAAUGAAAGCUUAUGUCAAGUGAAUGUCCUGUAACUGUUUCAAUCAAGUGGGCUGACAGAACUAAGACAAAGAUCUUACCACCCGAAUUGAGCGCAAUUGGGGAAAUGUUAUGUUGUGGUACGAAGAAACAAAUAGCCAGAGCUAUUUGGCAGUUUAAUGAAGUACGGAAACACAUUUAUGAAAAAGUUGUGAAACAAAUACAUAAAGAAUGUGUGGUCAUGUGUGUAAAAGGCUCGAACAAAGAGAAGAAAAUAAAAGAUAGCUGUCUGAGAAGAACUAUAAAGAAAGCAUUAUCAACUCUUCUUUUGACAAUUUGAUUCAGAAAUUACAAGAAAGAGCCACUUUGUUUCUGUUGGUGCUUAAGACUGCCGCUCCUAAAGUAAAAUAUGAUGAAGAGAAAUGGAAGCAAUCAGUUGGUGUAGCUGCAGCUGUUUGUUUAUGCAACAGGUCAAGGAAUAUGAUCGCACUUCAAUUAAUGAUAGCUAUUAUCAAUCGUCAUUCUGGAUUUAUGGUAUAGUAAUAUAUUACAACAUAAUAUAUGUUAGACUCAGAUAAUUUUCAGAUAUUUACCACAUUUGUGUUCGUUUUGUGGCAGAUACUGUACAUAUGUGUAUGACAAGCUCAAGAUCUUGUAUACAGUAUGUAACAUAACACUACAAUGCACAGCAGGUAAUUAACCAGGGGUUAUGUGCAGCGCAUUCUAACAUAUGUAACUGUAACAGUAACACAAUUAGAAUGCAUUUUGCAUACUAAUAGUACACAUAAAUGAUAAAUAUAUAAAAAUAUCAAAUCAUAUUUAUCUUUAAGGAAAAAAUAAAAUCCCAUUUAUACUUACUAUCUGCUUAAUGCAAAUACUGCAAAAUAAAGUCAACUUUUAUCACCUUAUUCUUUUAACUAUUUUUAUGUAAAUAAUCGUAAUAUAUACUGCCUUAUUUGUCAACAUUUUCAGUAGUUGUUACUUGUAAUUGAUUUUUCAAAACUAGGGUCCGGGUUCGUAGUCUCCAUGCAAGACCAACAAUAUUCAAAGACUUUCAAAGAUUUUUCUGCCUAUUUUCACAGACUUUUCAAAGACCUUUGAGAGCAAUCAGCUGUUGAAAAAUUGCAAGUGUAAGCACCAUUUUGCCCCGAUAAUCAGUCCCUUCAAAUCACAUCCUAAAAUAUACCCUUUUCGUCGAAAUUCUACUUCAAUCAAUCUAUUUUAUUAACUAGAAAAUCGUAUAAUCAAAUACUCAAUAAAGAAUUUAAAGACUUUCUUCGCUUUUUCACAUAAUUCAAAGACUUUUCAAAGACCUUAAAAGACCUCUGAAUUCAAAUUUAAAGACUUUCAAGGAUUUCAAAGACUGCCAUGAACCCUGUUAUCUAAAAGUCCAACAGGAUUUCCAAAGGUUCCUAGCCCCCCAUAUAUACUAUUCUAAUGUUAGAUACAUACUAAUUCAAAUCACACAGAUACACGACAAACAAAUACAAAAUUAUCUUACCAAUGCACUAAACAAUAUGCUUCAUCUAUCACAACUGCAAUACAGUCUUCACGAAAUGUUUGAAAGCUUGCUAGGGUCCUCCAACAUUUCUUCCCAACAAAACAUUCUGGACUAGUAUACACCAAAGAAUAAACACCUUCCUCGAUGUUUUGUAAAACUUCUUCGUCCUGGCCAUCAAAUAUAGCAGCUGCAGAUAUACCAAACGAAUUGUUUAUAUGGUUUACUUGAUCCUUCAGUGAUAAUAAUGGCGAUAUAACAAGUACCGUACUUGUGCAAAUUGCUUGGUCUUUUAGAACAUCGGCAAUGAUUGGAAUGGCUUGGAAAAUGAGCGAUUUUCAAUAGCCAGUGUGAGCACUAAAAAAACAAUCUUUGCCCUUUAAAGAUAUAGACAAGGCUUCUUCUUGGUCGGGAUAAAAUGUUUCAUCAUUUAGAAGCGCACACACUGUAGAAAUGGCGACAGAAAACUCACCAUAAUCAAACACUCCUUUACCCUUGUUCAAUUUGUUAUUCGAGCAGCUGUAUAUUUAGCGUAUUAAUUUUCUUGCAUAAAUUAUUUCCCCAAAAAUCUGGAACACGGGUUGAGCGGAGUAGCAAGCUAUCGUUCAGAGUUGCGCAGUCCCUACUUCCUUUGGGAGUCUGGGACUACACACAGGCUACAAUCGCUCUGAAGUUGUUGGAGAUCUGAGUAUUGCAUAACAGUAUUAUACUUAUCCCUGAGAUGGUGUUGAUUUGCAUAUGCAUUAUUUGCAUCUAUCCUUGGCAGCAAGCAAUACUAUCCUGAUAAUGCCAAUGCUGUGCCUAAGAACAGAUUGUUUGGACAGUUCCAUACUCCCCAGACAGAUGAAAUGAAAGAGGAGAUACUAUACCAACUGACUUCACCUAAUUCUACCAUCAGAGUUGUUUUUGCCACUGUAGCAAUGGGAAUGGGUGUAGAUAUUCCAUCAAUUCACCAGGUAAUCCAUUUUGGUCCACCCCACACAAUUCAGCAAUACUACCAGGAGACAGGAAGGGCAGGGCAUGACGGAAAACCGUUCAAUGCUAUCCUUUACUACAACAGGGAUAUAGCAAAGAACAAGCCAGGUAUGCAAGAUAUGAUGCAAAACUAUUGUCGAACCUCAGGGUCAUGCCUUAGAACACAAUUGUUAGAGUGUAUGGAUGCUUCUGAUCCAAAAUCCUUUAUUCCUUCACAUGAUUGCUGUUGUGAAUGUUUGUGUCUUCAAUAAUGUGGGCAAAUAGCAAAUUAAAACACUCAAAUAUGUAUUGUUAGUUUUGGACAGUACCCUUACUCAAUACCCUUUUAGUCUGGACUCAUUGCCAGAAACAUAAAUUUCAUGGCGCAAAAGUCACCCAAUAUGCGGUUCUUCAGCUGUAUGUUACUACCAUGGAGGAGCAAGUAGUAGACAACCAAUAUUGCAAAGGCUAUAUUCUCCAGGAGGGAUAUCACACUCAGCUGAGAACAGACAACCCCUGAUGGCUUCACACCACUACCCCAACCCAAUCCACAACUUCUUCCAACUGCAGCCAACAUUGUGGAAAUCACUGACCUACAAUCCUAGAAAAAAACACUCGGACAAAUACAUGGAAAGGUGUCUUAAAUCUAAAUAUAAUUGCAAAUACUCAUCCCACCCCUAUUUUGCUAUUCUGUAAAAUACAUCAACCAAGCCAUGUCCAACCCAAUUUUAGAUUGAUGUUGCAGCCUACACUAUGAAGAUCUGUAACACAGUGUUCAUCCAAGUAAACAACAUCGAUAUUCUCUGCAAGGUGAAUCUUCUUGGUGCAAAUCACAGCAAGGUAAAGCUUCACAUACCAGUAUCUACAAUGUAUGAUAACAGUGAUUGUCUACAAGAGGUAUUUUUGCAAGAGCUGACACAAAGCUUCUGGCAUUAAGUGAAACAAAGACGCUUAAGGGAUGUGUAUGUGGCACAACUCAGAACUCCUUGAUGUCCCCAAGCAUAAACACAUCACAGCAUCAAAGUUGUUCGAUGUGCUGUUGCUUCAGCUGUUUGCCACUUUCAUAGUGGUACCUGUUCGCAGGGAAAAUGUAAUGAGGAGACUUUCAAAACCUGCUGGUCACCAUACAAGACAAGCUUCAUUAUUUGUGACAAGAAGGGACUGUGGAUGUCUGAUUGGCAGGUGACCAAGAAAGAAAAAAGCCACAGCCAAGGACAAGCGCAAUAAGAAUCUUUCAUGCAAACAGGCCCCAUAUGCCGGUAGACCCUGAUGGAGGCAAACCUGAUGCUCCUGAUCCCUGACACAGGCAGACUUUUAGGUCAUGGGUCCUGUCAGUAUCAGAUAUUGUGAAUAUUCCAAAAACUCUUAUAUUGAAAAAUGGAAGUCUGAUACUGAUCGAUUUCGGCUGGAAUGAACCUGUGUGUCAGUGACAGACAAUUAAAAAAAUUGACCAGGAUAGUAAGGGCGGCCACUGACAUACCUGAAGGCUCUUGCUGGAUUAAUAGUAGGAGAGGUGGGAGGACUAGUCUCACUGGAUUAAUAGUAGGAGAAGUAGGAGGCCAGCAGAAAGGAAGAGAAAGGCUGUGUAUAAAAAAUGCAGGAUUUAUUUUGUAAAAGUGCAGCCUGGUGUGUGCAAGAAGUGUUGAGUGGUGGUUGGGAUUAGCCAACUCAGAUGCUAUCCUUGGAAGAGCUGGAGCCAUUCUGGUAAGAUGUGUUUGAGAAGGAGCCGGAGGUUGAUGAUAGGGUCGCUGACCCUAUUGCGUGUGUUCUUUUGGAUCUUACAGAUCCAGUCAUUUCAGAGGAGAUACAAAGCACUUUGAAUGCAAUGAAAGUGUGCACCAGGCCUAGAUGGGAUGGUAUUGAGUCCCUUGAAAAAGCUCCCAUUAAAUGAGCUUAGGGCAUGCCUCAACAUGUGGCUGUUGGUUGAUUAUAGUCUCACACCAUGUUGCACGAGAGAAACAGUCCCUAUAAUGAAACAUUGAGAUGACAUCAGACCACUCAAGUAUCGCCCAAUUACUAUGGCAAACAUGGUAAUAAGAUUGUUUCAUGCAUCUAUGUUUUAAAAACAAUACAGAUUUUGCUCUAUUUACUUUUUGAAACAAUUACAUUAUGUGCAUUUUAAAAAUGAUGUAUGUGUAGGUAUUGUGAUUUUGGAAUGAACACUUAUAAUACUAAUGAUACAUUUUCUGGAUUGUUUAGGUAAUAUUGCUUUAAAGAGAAGUAAGCACAAAGAUAUGGAUUGAAAAGUGAGAUAUCAGUGUCUUGUAGUUCAUGCUAUAAAGAAGCAUCUCUGGUGAUGUCAGGUAGUGUAGAAAAUAGGGUAAUGUCAUAAGAUGUCAAUAGAAGAACUGUUUACCACUCCAUAGAGACAGGCAGUGGUUACAAAGGCUUGCCAACAGCAAAUGGAAUCCAUAUUACUUUCAUUGGAGGAGGAAGCAAUGAAGGACACUGGCAAGGAACUUCAUUAACUCAAAUCAGACCGGACGAUUGUAGUGUUGUCCACAUUGCUGUAAGCUUCAAUGAAACAUGGGCCAAGAGAGGUUUUACAUCCUUGACUGGAGUUGUGUUUGUAAUUUCUGUAUACACAGAAAUGUUUUGGGCUACCAUUGUGUAUCUAUAUCAUGCCAGAAAUGCUCCCUCAUUUAAGGAUGAUGCUCAAUUUCCAGAGUGGCAAGUCCAACAACUUGCAUCUUGUGAAUGUAACAUCAAUUUUGAUGUAAGCUCACCAGGAAUUGAAUGUGAAGGUGCUGUUACAUUGUGA